CUCUCUCUAAAGCAAUGUACGAGCUCGAUUGCACCGUCAUUUUGGAUUUGGAUUGCUCCGAUCGGAGCAAUUUAUCGAUCUAAUUCGCUUUGUGUUUGUUAUUGGAUUGUUUGAUGUUUGCUUCAUGAUCGCGUUGUCCAUAUUUUUUUGGAUCAUAAUCAAUAAUUGCGUACCCUCCAGAAGAAACAACUUUAGGUGAUCGUUAUGUACGGGCAAGAGCAGUAUGCGCGCUGGGGUUACUACCUUUUCCAUUACCCAUAUACUGCACAAAGUGAUGCCAAUUUCCAUGUUUACACUAGACAAGGGGUUGAGGCAGAUGUGGUGGAACACUGUUCUGGGGAUAAAUCAUAUGAAGGGGCAGAAUCGUCAUCAGAGUAUGAAUUUUCAGACGUAGAGGAUGAGGUCGGCAAGAGGUUAAGUCAGAUGGUCUCGAUUCCUCAUGUUCCUAGAAUCAAUGGAGAAAUUCCUUCUUUUGACGAAGCCACUUCUGACCAUCAAAGGCUGAUAGACAGAUUGCAGAUGUAUGAUCUAGUUGAGUGUAAGGUGCAGGGAGACGGUAAUUGUCAGUUCCGAGCAUUAUCUGACCAAUUAUACCAAAGUCCUGAGCACCACGAAUUUGUGCGACAGCAGGUUGUCGAUCAGCUCGAGUCUCAUCCAGAGAUCUAUAAGGAAUAUGUUCCCAUGGCAUACCGCGAAUAUUUGAAAAAGCUCUCAAAAUGGGGUGAAUGGGGUGAUCAUGUGACUUUACAAGCAGCUGCUGAUUCGUACGGAGUCAAAAUUUUUGUCAUGACAUCGUUCAAGGAUACGUGCUACAUCGAGAUUCAGCCGCGGAUUCUAAAAUCUAGGCGAGUUAUAUUUUUGAGCUUUUGGGCUGAGGUACACUACAACUCAAUCUACCCCAAAGGAGAUUCGAGAUGAUAUUCCAAGAAUUAAUGGCAAAUUUAUUUAUACAAAGAAUAUUUUUGCUAUGAAAUUUGUUAUAUGUUUACUCAUAAGAAAAGUUUUGGCCUAUAGGUGUAGUGUUAGAUUGCAUGGAUCAAUGUAAUCGGCCUGUGAAACGAGGCAAAAUUUACCAUCGUUUGGAAAUGUAUUAAAUUGUCAAAGUAUUUUCUCUGCAAUGUCACUAGAUUGACUUAAUUGGUGCA